AUGAAGAUGAAAACAGACAAAUUACUUAUUGAACUCAAAAAAGCAGUGGAUGCUGUGGAAAUUGUCGAUGCUCACGCUCACAACAUUGUUCCCAUCGACACAGAUUACCCUUUUCUCAAAUUGUUCUCCGAUGCUACUGGUGAUGCUUUGUAUAACACGCCCCACACUCUUAACUUCAAGGGAGGGAAUAUCAAUUCAGGAAAAUUUCACACUAGCAAAGCCAGAUCCACUUGCAAGACUCAUUGGAGAAAUAUGUCGAACAGCUUUAGUGCAAAAUUAUGUUCCCAAUCAAGAGGGCUGAGGGAAUUAACAGAACUAUAUGGCCCAAGUUUAAGCUUAAGUUUAGGUUUGCAUACUGUUCAAGAAACUCGCCGGAGUUUAGGGUUGGAGCAGAGUGCUAUUACUUGCUUCAGGGCUGCAAGAAUUUAUACAGUACUAAUUGAUGAUGGAAUUGAAUUGGAUAAAAUGGUUGACAUUGAAUGGCACAAAAAAGUUGUACCAAUGGUUGGUAGAAUACUACGAGUUGAGCAUCUAGCUGAGAAGAUUCUUGACAAGGGUUCAGAUGGAGCAACAUGGACACUGGAUUCAUUCAUGGAGAUUUUCACUAAGGAGUUGAAGUUAGUAGCUGAUAAGGUUGUUGCCUUUAAAAGUAUGGUUGCAUGUCGUAGCGGCCUUGCAAUUAAUACAGAAGUCACCAAAAGUGAGGCUGAAGAGGGCCUGAGUGAUGUUUUAUGCGCUGGGAGUCCCCUGCGGAUCUCGAACAAGAGCUUCAUUGAUUAUAUCUUUAUGCAUGCUUUGGAGGUGGCUCAGAGUUAUGACUUGCCCAUGCAGAUCCACAUGGGUUUUGGGGACAAGGAUUUUGAUAUGAUGCUGGCUAAUCCCCUUUAUCUUCACAAUCUCCUUGAGGACAAGAGAUUCACUGAUAGCCGAUUAGUGCUUUUGCAUGCGUCCUACCCAUUCUCAAAGGAAGCUUCACAUCUGGCUUCUGCUUACCCUCAAGUAUAUCUUGAUUUUGGGUUUGCAAUUCCUAAACUUAGCUUCCAUGGGAUGAUAUCAUCAGUGAAAGAACUCCUGAAGCUUGCUCCAAUGAAUAAGGUUAUGUUCAGCACUGACGCCAUCGCAUUUGCUGAAGCCUUCUAUCUAGGUGCAAAGAGAGCACGUGAAGUGAUAUUCUCUGUUCUACGAGAUGCGAUGGUUGAGGGUGAUCUUUCAAUUACAAAAGCUGUCGCAGCCGUUAAAGAUAUUUUUGCAGAAAAUGCAAAGAAGUUGUACAAAUUACACAAACUUGAUGACUCUUCAAAAGAUUCUGACGAACCUCAUAUAUCAUCUCCCUUCAUGAAGGAAGAGUUACAUGGCUCAGUAAAGGAUUCUUCAACAGAGUCUGAUGUAGAACCUCAUGUAUCAUCUUCCUUCCAGAAUGAAGAGUUAAAUGGUUCAUCAAAGGAUGUUACCCUUGUUCGCUUGAUUUGGAUAGAUGCUUCUGGCCAGCAUAGAUGCCGUGGUGUCCCACGACAGCGUUUCUAUAGCUUUGUGAAAAAGCAUGGUAUAGGCUUACCUCGUGCGUGUAUGGGGAUAAGUUCAGUAUCUGAUUCACCAGUAGAGGACACUAAUCUCACCUGUUCGGGUUUGAUAACAAUUGUUCCAAAUUUAUCAACCAAAUGCAGAAUUCCAUGGGCAAAACAACAAGAAAUGGUAUUGGCUGACAUGUGUACUAAAUCGGGUGAAGCAUGGGACUAUUGUCCAAGAGAAGCUUUGCGCAGAGUCUCUCAAAUUUUAAAAGAUGAAUUUGGCUUGGUCAUGACUGCAGGCUUUGAAGUUGAAUUUUAUCUUCUGGAGAGUGUAAUAAAGAACGACAAAGAAGAGUUUGAAUCAUCGGAUAAGUGGAGGAAGUGCCAUACAACAGCAUUUGAUAUGGCAUCCCCGAUGCUUGAGGAGAUGCUCACUUAUCUUCAGUCCUUGAAUAUUUCAGUAGAUUAUCUACAUAAAGAAGCUGGGAAAGGUCAAUUUGAGAUUGGACUGGAAUACACAGAUUGUUUUGGAGCAGCUGAUAGAUUAAUUUAUACACGUGAAGUCAUAAGAACAGUAGGAAGGAAAUAUGGAUAUCAUCCAACUUUUUUGCCAAAGUAUUCAUUAGAUGAAUAUGGCUGUGGAUCUAGUGUGCAUAUUAGUUUGUCCACGAAUGGAAUUAACGUCUUUAAGGCAUCUGAUGGAUCAAGUCAGUAUGGUAUUUCCAAGAUUGGAGAAGCAUUCAUGAGUGGGGUGUUAGAUCAUCUUCCUUCCGUACUUGCUUUUACUGCACCACAUCCUACAAGUUAUGAGCGCCUAUAUUCUAAGGAAUGGAAUGGACGAUUCGUCACCUGGCAGAAAGAAAACACAUAUGCAAAAAUUAGUACUUGUACACUUCCUGGAGCUGUUGUUGUAAGCCAUUUCGUAUGUCCUGCAUUUGAUGCGUGUACGAACCCAUACUUAGGACUUGCUUCUAUAAUGACUGCUGGGAUUGAUGGCUUGCGGAAAAAGUUGAACCUUCCUGCACCAGUAGAUAGAGAGACUCGUGAUGUCAAUCAAGAGGAUUAUCGAAGAUUACCUGAUUGUCUUACUGAUUCUUUAAACGCUUUGGAGGAAGAUACGCUGUUUAACGAUAUGAUGGGUGAAAAUCUUGUGGUUUGCCUAAAAGCAAUUCGCAAGGCUGAGAUCGAUCACUAUUGUGAAGACGAGGAACCAUACAAGGACCUUAUCUACAAAUUUUAGGUUGAUCAAAUAUAUCAGUGAGGUUAGGAUAGUCUAUAUUGUUAAUCAUCAAACAUAUUCUUAUUUUUU